AUCAGUGUGAUUCUACCUUCCACGGGUACGGACACGAACAUGUUUCUCCUACGUCGUUGGUUCGUUUAGCAUUAUUAUUGAAUAUUAAUAAACAUUAUCAAGCGCGAGUGUCAUUAUUUCAUAACGAGCGUGAGUGUCGUUUAAAAAAAAAUUAAAGAAAACGAAGCAAUACCAAAUGAACGAGAACUUUUGUGGGUCUAAUAUCUUUUUGUGUUGUUAUGCUUAUCAAAUAAUUGAAGAACAAUUGACGAAAAGAUACUAGCCCUCGUAAUUAGUGGAUAAAUAUUCUGAAAGAAUUCGAUCAAGCCAUCAAACUAGUGGAUUGGAAGGGGAGAUUUGAAAGAAACUGAAAGGAAGAAAGUAAAAAGUCGUCACGAUGAAACUUCUCCUACCGAUAUUUUUGACGAUUAUAGCGUGUGGUUGGUGCAACGGUCUACAAAUUCUUGGCAUAUUUCCACUGAAUGGAAAGAGCCAUUGGGUCAUGGCAGAACGUCUGAUGACGAGCCUCGCAGAACGAGGCCAUCAAGUGGACGUUGUUACUCAUUUCCCACUGAAGAAACUGCCACUGAAUUAUAACCAAAUUUCUUUGGACGGAACCUUGCCGACCGUGGUAAAUAACAUGAACGCAACCAAUGUGACAGCGUUUGGUAACCUCGAUGUAGCAAAGUUAAUGGAAAUAGCAGGAACUCGUAUAUGCGAAUUGAUGUCGCAUAAGCAGUUACAAGACGUUUUAAAAACGUCUAAGGAUUACGAUCUUAUUAUAAUAGAGAUGUUCACGUUUCCAUGCUAUCUCGGGUUUGGUAGCCAUCUAAACAAACCCAUAGUCGGCAUAAUCACUUCCGGUUUCCCUGAAUGGCUCAGCAGCUACAUAGGAAAUCCGUAUAAUCCUUCCUUCACGCCUGGCAUCUUUCAAUCGUUAAGCCAGCGAAUGACUUUUUGGGAGAGGCUGCAGAAUACCGUUCUAACGAAUCUAAUAGCAGGCCAGAUCAUCUCCCAUAUGAACAAACAGUCUGAUUUCGUGAGAAAGUACAUGAACAUAGACGCGGAAAUCCCGGAUCUUUAUCGGAACGUUGCGGCCAUUUUGGUGAACUCGCAUUACAGUAUAAAUGGAAUCAAUCCGACGACACCUGGGGUAAUCGAGGUCGGUGGCCUGCACAUCAACGAAAAUUCGGAUCCCUUGUCACCGGAAGUGAAAAAAUGGCUAGACGAAAGCACACAAGGCUGCGUGUUCUUUACGUUUGGAUCGAUGGUGAGGAUCGAGACGUUCCCUAAACCACUUAUCGAAACUUUCUAUAAAGUUUUCAAGAGAAUCGCGCCCGUUCGAGUAUUGAUGAAAGUUGCGAAAAAGGAGGACCUACUGCCUGGACUGCCAAAGAACGUGAUGGUACAACCCUGGUAUCCUCAAGUAACUGUGUUCAAGCACAAAAAUGUGAAAGCGUUCAUAACGCACGGAGGUUUGAUGGGUACGCAAGAAGCUAUUUACUUUGGGAUCCCCUUGGUAGGAAUCCCUCUAUUCGGUGAUCAGCACAUGAAUUUGAAACACGCGGCUAAUAAAAAAGUGGCCGUGAAUCUUGGUUCUCUCGAUAACAUCACGGAAGAAACUCUCUACCAAGCGCUUGACACAGUCUUGUACGAUGAAACAUAUAGAUCGAACAUGAAGAGAUUAUCGAAUCUGUUCAGAGAGAGACCCAUGAGUGCCAUAGACACUGCUAUAUACUGGAUUGAAUACGUGGGCAGAAACGGAUUCAUCCUGCAAUCACCAGCUAUGCAUCUUACCUGGUGGCAGCAGAACCUUUUGGACAUUUACGCGUUCAUACUAGCUUGCGUAGCAGUUGUACUUUACAUCGCGGUUUUAUUGAUCCAAAAAUUAAAGAAUUAUAUAUUUGGCUGUAGAUCUUGUAGCAAACAGAAAAUCUCCGAGUCGAAGAAGAAGAAGUAAAUUGUCCUAACGUGUGCGGUGUGAAUGCAUCACCAUAUUUUGUAUAGUUAAGUCAAUUGUUCAUUUGUAAAAAGAAUAUUGUACAGUUUUUAUUUUUUCAAUAUUGUAAGAUAGUAAAAUGUUG